UACCCGCCUUCUCCAUGGCAAUGGGGCUAGUACGUCCCCUUAUUCAAAUAAAAUACGAAAAAAACGUGAUUUCUGUCCAAUCUGCGCGCUCUGAAGUGACAUAAUGGAAUUUACGAGGAUAGAAAAGGUAGCGGCAGCAUGCGAGCGCACACAUUGGAACUUCUACCCCUCUAGUCGGGAGAUUAACCAUCGACUGUUUCUUAUCAAUUGUCAAGGGAAAAAACGACAACAUUUGAGGCAAAGGGUGAUUUGUACCCUGAACUUGGAGAAGGGGUAGGGCAACUUAAAAGAGCAUUUGAUUUAAUGUUAUGCAAAUUACGCAUCGUUUCCUCGACAGCAACUGAGAGGUUAUGGGAACCCCUCUUUCUGUCGUAAGGCUCUGCUGACUUUUUACAGCUGCUGUCAUCUUAGAUUUAGUCUUUUACCAAAAUAUGAUGAAGAAUGACAUUCAUUUAAACCUUGUAGAUGCCACUAAUCUAAAGCCCCAUCUCCGCGACGCCGAGAGCAUUCUCAACUCCCCGGACCUUGGGCUGCUGAAACUGGCUUCCCCGGAGCUGGAGAGACUCCUCAUUCAGUCCAACGGAAUGGUCGUAACAACACCGACCUCUCAGUUCCUCUACCCCAAGUCAGUAACUGACGAACAGGAGUUUGCCGAGGGAUUCGUCAAGGCUCUGGAGGACUUACACAAACAGAACCAGCUGAACGGGGGGACUUGCGCUCAAAUGAACAGUCUCGACCUAAGUACCAACGUGGCUCCCGUCACUGUACACAUGGACUUACCCGUCUAUACGAACUUGAACAGUUAUGGUAAUGGGCCUUUGGGUACCACUGUCAAUUACUCCACAGACACUGUACCCUUCCCACCUCCUCCCUCUCACCAUUUAGGUGGCACACAGCAGCAACAAGCACAUUCCCGGUUGCAAUCCUUGAAGGAUGAGCCGCAGACAGUCCCUGACUUGCACAGCUUCGGCGACAGUCCACCACUGUCACCUAUCAACAUGGACACACAGGAGCGCAUUAAAGCCGAGAGGAAAAAGCUGCGGAAUAGAAUUGCUGCGUCCAAGUGCCGAAAGAGGAAACUGGAGAGGAUAUCCAGACUCGAAGACAAAGUCAAUAACCUAAAAACUCAAAACACUGACCUGGCCUCAACGGCAAGUGUACUCCGGGAUCAAGUGGCUCAGCUAAAACAAAAUGUUUUGAAUCAUGUGAACAGCGGAUGCCAAUUGUUGCCACAUCAAGUUCAAGUGUACUAAUCGCAGGACGACAUUGGUCAACCAGCAUAAAUAAGCUCAAUAUCUGUUCUCUUGUUGGCUCUCAAAUAUCUCAAUUAUGCACGUAGAGCCAUCGACUUUACAGACUAAAAGGACUUCACUAAUGUACAUUUUCUGUUUACACAUUCUUUAUCAUGUGUGUAAGACUGGAUCAAACCAGUUCAUCAUUAUUGUAUUACUAUAUCAUAGCCUUAUACUGAAUAAAUACAUAUUUGCAUGUUUAUUGACAAACUCGAAUGUUACCUAAGAGGGUGUCAUUGGGUGCAAGUAAUUUUUUAAAUAUUUUUUUUAUUUUUUUUACCCCUUUUAACGUUUACAAGCAAGCACUUGUACAUUUUAUAUUCAAUGCUCCAGUGUCUUAUUUCAGUCUUAUCUUAAUGUGAAACUGUUGUCACCUUUUUGUUGCACUGAAUAUUUCCCUUCACAUUCCUAUUUUACUUGGAUUCAGUUAUCAAAUAAACCUUGCUUGGUAAUUCAA